GAAAGGAGGGAACCCUCUUGCCCUACAUGGGUCUUUUCUGUGCUAUCUUUUCUCUCGGCUCCCGUUUUGUGUGUUGGGGGGAUGGGGCCGUGCCGAGGAUGAGAGACUCCAAAUAUUUACCACUUGGCUAACUAAAUAUCUUUAUUUCCUAACUGGAUUUCCUCCCUCGGUCUUGUAAAUAUAACUACUUUUCGAUCACGCAUGAGUUUAGGUGGAAUUUGUCCAAAAUAAAGUGGAGUAUCUGUACGUCCACGACACACGCUUAAAAAAGUCGACAAAAUGUAUUCCUCUACUGGAGCUACCGAGAUGCAAGAGGGACCUCCCCGUUCCACUGGGUCACCAGGCUCUGACCCCCCUGUUUUAGACCCGUCAUCCUCCCCAGUGCCCGAAUAUGUGUUCAAGCCACCAUCACGGCCGGACUUUGGCACCAUGGGCAGGACAAUCAAGCUCCAGGCCAACUUCUUUGAGAUGGAAAUCCCCAAACUGGAGGUCUACCAUUAUGACAUCGACAUUAAGCCUGAGAAAUGCCCUAGGAGGGUCAACCGUGAAAUUGUGGAGCACAUGGUCCAGCACUUUAAAACACAAAUAUUUGGUGAUCGAAAGCCGGUGUAUGACGGGAGGAAGAAUCUCUACACUGCCAUGCCCUUGCCCAUAGGCAGAGACAAAGUGGAGCUCGAGGUAACCAUUCCUGGUGAAGGCAAAGACCGCAGCUUCAAAGUAUCCAUCAAGUGGGUGUCCUGCGUUAGCCUGCAAGCGCUGCACGAGGCUCUAGCAGGGCGGCUACCCAGCGUCCCCUUCGAGACCGUCCAAGCCUUGGAUGUGGUCAUGAGACAUUUGCCCUCUAUGAGGUAUACCCCGGUGGGCCGCUCUUUCUUCACUCCCUCAGAGGGAUGUUCGAACCCCCUCGGUGGUGGCAGAGAGGUGUGGUUUGGCUUCCACCAGUCAGUCAGACCUUCCCUUUGGAAGAUGAUGCUCAACAUCGACGUUUCCGCCACUGCGUUCUACAAAGCCCAGCCUGUAAUUGAGUUCAUGUGUGAGGUCUUGGAUUUCAAAAGCAUUGAAGAACAACAAAAGCCCUUAACAGACUCUCAACGAGUGAAAUUUACCAAGGAAAUCAAAGGUCUGAAGGUGGAGAUCACUCACUGUGGGCAGAUGAAGAGGAAGUACAGAGUGUGCAAUGUGACCAGAAGACCAGCCAGCCACCAAACGUUCCCCCUGCAGCAGGAAAACGGCCAAACUAUUGAAUGCACAGUAGCACAGUACUUCAAAGACAAGUACAAGCUCAUCCUGAGAUACCCACACCUCCCGUGUCUACAGGUGGGACAGGAGCAGAAGCACACCUACCUACCUCUCGAGGUGUGUAACAUAGUGGCAGGACAGCGCUGCAUCAAAAAGCUGACAGACAAUCAGACCUCCACUAUGAUUCGUGCCACAGCCCGAUCUGCACCAGACCGCCAGGACGAAAUUAGUAAAUUGAUGAGAAGUGCGAACUUCAACACGGACCCUUACGUUCGUGAAUUUGGUGUGAUGGUGAGGGAUGAGAUGACAGAAGUGAAUGGCCGUGUCCUACAAGCCCCUUCCAUUCUGUAUGGCGGCAGGAACAAAGCAAUAGCCACACCAAUCCAGGGAGUAUGGGACAUGAGAAACAAGCAGUUCCACACUGGCAUUGAGAUCAAAGUGUGGGCCAUCGCCUGCUUUGCACCACAGAGGCAGUGCACUGAACUCCUGCUCAAAGCAUUCACAGAUCAGCUGAGGAAGAUCUCUAGGGAUGCAGGGAUGCCCAUCCAGGGUCAGCCUUGCUUCUGUAAGUACGCCCAAGGAGCGGACAGCGUGGAGCCCAUGUUCAGGCACCUCAAGUACACCUACCAGGGCCUCCAGCUGGUGGUCGUCAUCCUCCCGGGGAAGACGCCUGUUUACGCUGAGGUGAAACGUGUCGGGGACACGGUACUUGGCAUGGCCACGCAGUGUGUGCAGGUGAAGAAUGUUCAAAAGACGACACCUCAGACCCUCUCCAACCUCUGUCUGAAGAUCAACGUCAAGCUGGGCGGAGUCAAUAACAUCCUCCUUCCACAGGGCAGGCCGUUAGUCUUCCAGCAGCCAGUGAUCUUCCUUGGGGCAGAUGUGACUCAUCCACCUGCAGGAGAUGGAAAAAAGCCUUCCAUCGCUGCUGUUGUUGGUAGUAUGGAUGCCCAUCCCAGCAGAUACUGUGCCACAGUGCGGGUGCAGCAGCACCGUCAGGACAUCAUCCAGGACCUGGCCACCAUGGUGAGGGAGCUGCUCAUCCAAUUCUACAAGUCCACCCGCUUCAAGCCCACCAGAAUCAUCUACUACCGCGAUGGCAUCUCUGAGGGCCAAUUCAACCAGUCACAGGUCCUUCAGCAUGAGCUGCUGGCGAUCCGGGAGGCUUGCAUCAAACUAGAGAAGGACUACCAGCCCGGUAUCACCUUCGUGGUCGUGCAGAAGAGGCAUCACACAAGACUGUUCUGUAUGGACAGAAAUGAGAGGGUUGGGAAGAGUGGCAACAUUCCCGCAGGCACCACAGUGGACACCAAAAUCACUCACCCAUCAGAAUUUGACUUCUACCUUUGCAGUCACGCUGGCAUUCAGGGUACCAGCAGGCCGUCUCAUUACCAUGUGCUCUGGGACGACAACCACUUCUCAUCAGAUGAACUGCAGGUCCUGACCUAUCAGCUGUGCCACACUUAUGUGCGCUGCACCCGUUCAGUUUCCAUCCCAGCACCAGCUUACUACGCCCAUUUGGUGGCUUUCCGGGCUCGCUAUCACUUGGUGGAUAAAGAGCACGACAGUGCCGAGGGCAGUCACACAUCAGGCCAGAGUAACGGGCGGGACCAACAGGCCUUGGCCAAGGCUGUGCAGAUCCACCAGGACACCCUGCGCACCAUGUACUUUGCCUGAGAGCAAACAACCCCAGGUUGGCGUGGGUGAGACCCCACUGAUGGAACACACUACCCCUCGCUGUCUCACUGUCGGCUGUAGAUAGCGUCACAGUGGGUUCACAUAGUGAUCUCCCUACCUAACAGACCGGUCGGUUCCCCAUAUGUCUACAAUUGUACUUCAGCCCCUGACCCACCCAAAUUACGCCAGCUAUUAGACUGUACGAUGCAAAGGAAUCCCUCUUUCUUGGGGUUUGCGUUGGAAGAGGUUUUUAUUUACAUGUUGUGCAUUAGUGUGUAUUUGUUGUUGGGAAAUACGUUGCAAAGUAUGAAAGGAAAUGGACAAGUUUGUACACUGAUGGAAGAACUCUACCAUUUCUAAACUAGUGGGCAGUAUCGUUAUAAAUUGGGGUGAUUUUAUAAUUUAAAAGAAGCAGUUUAUCCCUCCUUCUCCUAUUUCCAUUGUUUGUUAGGGUCUUGGUGCUUGAAGGGAGACGGAUCAAAUUCAUUAAGAUAAAGGGGGGGGGGGGGGUCACUGUUUAUAUGCCUAAAGAGUUGCUCCUCUGACAAACAUUAUUUAUCAGCCAAUCAAAGCAAAGUGCACUGACCACAAUGGGUACUUCAAUCAGGACAAAAGUACUUAAUAUAUUGAGGGUUGUGUGUGUGUGAUUUUUCACAUAGGGCACUAUGUGACAAAAAGUGCCAUUUGAGACCAGCUUUCCGUUGUCAUGUCUGUGUAAAACUAUGAACUAUUAGGCCCACAUCUGCUGGGGUUUCAGUAUUUGUCCAUGAUUGACACUGACAUGCCAAAUCUGCUGACAAUUUAUUUACAAAAAGGAUUCUUUGCAUCAGAUUUGUUAUCAACCCUUGAACCAACACUUAGUUUAUUCUAGAUGAAAGGGGGCGUUCAGUGUUUAGAUAGAAAUUGGAGAAAAAAACGCAAUUGUAUCCUUCUCUGCCUUCUGAGUCUGAACUGGCAUACUUUCACCGGUAACUCUAGGAUUCCCUUGCCGAGACUUCGUGUAUUGGGACCGGUUCCCAACAAGGACACUUUUCUAAUGUAGUCUGAGCCGUGUUGAUAAAGACACAUGAUUUAGAAAUCAACAUGGAGGGGAACUUGAUGAAAUCCUUUUUUGUUCCCUUUUUUUAGUCUAAUUUAAUUUCAAUCAGUUUUAUUUUGUUUGUUUUUAUGCAUGUAGCUGACUCAUGUUUUAGACAUUUAGGCAUUUGUGAUAAUUGUUUUUUUUUUUCCUUUCUACACAUUAACCCUACUUGUAUGUUUUAAUGUAUAUAGCAACAGGAUAGUGUUUUCUGCAGUGUAUUUGUCAGAGCGGGAUAUUUGUGUGGCGUCUCAAUAUCCAGGCAUUCGGUACAGGGGAGUGAAAGCUGCAACAUUUUAGAGAUUAACUGAUUUGAAAUUCCCUUUAAAAAAAAAACACAAAAAAACUAGUGUUUGCUCCAUGAAUUGGAACAGUCGUCGCACAAAAGCUUGGGUUUUAUGCAAAUGACUUUUUGUGAGUCUUUAUACUAUAUAGUAAUGUUGGUAAUAAGGUAUAUUUUGAAUAAGCUUUCAGUGGAGGCUGCUGAAAAUAUAAUCUUUUUUUUUUUUUUUUUAUGACUGGCCCACAUGUAGUCUAAAUUAACACUGUCUAUUUGUAUAAAGAUUUUAAAUGUUCUCUUGCCUUCUAAGACUGUUAAAGUCUUACUAAUAAUUCUAUACAUUUCCUAACAUCCCACCUAAGUUUUACUCUCAAAUUAAGCUCGCGAAUGUUCUCAUAGUCUUGAUUGGAGGCGAGUAGUCUAUAUUUUCUAACUAUGCAUCAUUUUUAACCAAGAUAUUUAGCAGUGGGGUAUCUCACAUAAAUUUGGCUCAUUUAUAGAGGUAGAUAAUCAGGGCUUUUUUUUUUUUAUUAUUAUUGACGUUUUUUAGCAUGUUGCAUUUAGUAGCGUUUUUUUAGUGCUUAUCGGCGUCUUCAUGUCUUUCUAACGGGCUGAAGUAUUUGUGGUCAUUUGUAACAAUGUAGAUUUUAUAGCCUGAACAUUUGGUGUAUCCUUUGUAACACACAAUCUUUCUUAGCCAAACAAGAUUACAAACUUUUACAUGAUUAAUAUUCAAAAGACAUGGAAGCACAAAAGGACAUCUGGAGUCUAGGUGCUUGAAGUUUUCACUGUAAACCACCUUAAAUCCUCACUGGACUGGUCAAACGAGACUUUUUAACUUGUACGCAAAAAAAAAAAAAAAGAUGCUUCAUCAUGUUGAGGAUCUUUUCUCUUUCCCUUUGACGACCUCUCUGUGUUACCCUUUUUACUCAUUACCUGUAAAGCAACUAGAAAUCCGACGGACUGUGUUUGUGGGGCAUUCUGAAAUCAUGUACUUGAUAUUUACUGUUAUGAUGUCAAUAUUGUUCUUAUCGGUGCUGGUCUCACAACAUGUAAAUUUGAUGCACUUUUGAUAACAGAACGUUGGUAUGACUUCUAUAGAUGUAUGUUCCUCAAUCGAAGCAGGAGGCUCGGCCAUAUGUUGCGUGACACUGGUGUAAUUGUAUGGAAAUGGCCGUGUGUUCUACCUCUUGUUACCUGUUUUAGUGUUAUGGUAACAUCACACUGCUGGCCAUUUCUGUAUAAUUACCCCUGCUAUCUAUCUAAUUGGCAUUGUUUGAGUCUUGCAUUGACAGUAGAGGUUGGUGUGCAUGACUGUGUACGCGCUUCGUCAGUUUAUGAAGUUGCGUGAUAUUUUAUUUCAUAUUUACUCAAACUGAUAAGAGAGAAUGUGUUUCGUUUCUUCUUCUUUUAAGGGUUUUGAGCGUUGAGCUGUGCGACCAAAUUCUUGAAGUGUUUGUGUUCAAACACACCUUUCCCUUCUUUCUUUCCUUUUUUUAUUCUAUGCACCAGUUAAAUGACAGACUUUUUUUUGACACCUUGGUUUUCCACCUGAGCAGUAAAACAAUAAUUGCAAAGCCUACAUCAGCUACGAUCAUUGCAUACGCUUUGAGUUAGAGGAGUUGUGAAUGCACCCUUGUGGUGCCGUUGGUCAGAAGCGCGUAUUGAGAUCCAUGUGAAAAUAGAUUUGUAUGGGUUUCAGCAAAGCCUUUUGAUCAGUUAAAUGUCAUCACAAAAUGGUCAUGCAUUGAAAUCUUUCAUUCAAGUACAAGUGUGAUCUUCAGUUGUGUUUUGUGGAGCCUCGUUGUUGGGUCUGUGUUUGGAAACGCGAAUGUCGUAUUGUGGGGAAAGUGUCCUAAAUGAAAGUGCGCUGAAAUUGAGAACAUCCAGUUGUCGUUGGGAGGUGGCUUUGUACUUGUCGUCGCCGCUCCUUUCGUGUUUUACAUGACCUAUACCAGCACCUUAACAUAGCAGAUCAGAACGCCAUUGCUUUUCCUGGAGAGAAAACUCAAACAUUUGACAAUGUUUUUGCACUAAACAUGAAUGAACUUUUGUAGCUGUUGCAGCAUUAAAGAGUAUUUAUAAGGUGGCAGACUUGCAGCUUCUUUCUUUUUUUUUUGGAUUUUUAGAAGGGAGCAGUUGGUAUAGGUGGCGCACCAGUGUGCGCACUUGCCGUUCAGAAAGCCACGCCUGCUGAUCAACAGAGAUUCUACCUAGCUAACCAGCAUUCAGUCAUGUAGUCUUGGAGCAAUAUCCUAAUGCCUUUUUUUAAAUGUUAACGAAAUAGGGAAGCGUGUAGUUGCGUAGGUGGGGUUGCCUUUGUACAGUGACGUGGGAGAAAGGUGCUUUAUGCAAAUCAACAAAACUGACAGGUGCUCGAAAAAAAAAGAGCCAAUUUUAGUUUUGGACAACAAGAUUUCUGCAGAGGCUUGUUGGAUGCCAAAAUGCAGUGUGAGGAUGAAGUGUGCAGGUAGGUUUGACACGGUCGUAAUGCUUAAAGUAAGGCCUCUUUAUCGGUCGGACCCCAACAUUAGACGAUCAUAUCAAGAUGCAGAAGAGGGUUUUCCCUUUUUUUUUACAUAAAUCUGCUUGAUCAUGAUCAGCUAAACUUAACAAACGAAUGAACACAACAGCCUGGAUGAAUGUGCCGCUACUUUAACGGUGCCCGAGGUGCUUAGGUAGGCCCCUGUUACCUUUGCCGUGGUAACACUAAUGACAUCACUUCACCUCAGUUUUUCUGUAUCUUUGAGUUUCCAAAACUAGGAACAAGCAGGUGGUAGAAACGGAUGGUUUGUAAACUAAAUGGCAUAUCAUAAGCUAAUUUAAUUGAUCAGUUAAUUUGUGUUUUCUCAAUACCAGGUUCUUUUUCUUUUUAUACGUAUGUUCAAAUGUUGGGUUGAAAGAGGCUAAAGAGAUAAAAAUUCCUCCAAUUGUAACGAUCAGCCUGUUUUUUUUUACUUUUGAUCUUUUGAAUGGUCUUGGAAUAAAAUACAGCUCGCCUUCCAAUGAAGCAAAAACCUAUAAAUCAGUUUAUUCCAAACCACAACCCUCUGUAUAGUAACGUCUCUCUCUGCCUCUCAUCCGUCUCUUGUAGAGAAACUAUUGCUGACAUAAAGACACCUCUUGUAGAGUAGAACCUAUUUUCCUAGCUCCAAAUAAUAACUGAAUGUACUUAAAGCCUGCGUGGUUUGUAAUAUUGUAUAGGCUAUCCAUCCAGUACAUUUAUACUUAUGUUUGCUUCUCGUGUACAGCCUUUUUCUUUUGGGUGUUUUUCUCUUAUUUAUAGGGUAUAAUAAUUGCAGAAAGUAUUAUGUUUUCUUCUUUAAUAUUUCAUUUAUUUAGAUAUCACCCACAUCACAGCUGAUAUCAUUAAUCUUUUCACUGAUCAACAGGAGGUAUACAAGUCUACAGUUAAGAUGUUUGCUACUGUAGUUUUUAGGAGACAACGUUUCACACUGUUGCAAAGAGUAGUCUUUUCCAUUUCUGGCGUCAUGCUUGUGUGAGGUGCUGUAACAUAAGAGCUGUGUGUGUGUGUGUGUGUGUGUAUAUAUGAUGGUUGCUUUGAUGUGUGAUCUUGUUUGCAGUUAGAUUUUUUGGCUUCUGCGUAAGCCCUCCGGUCUGAUAUUCCUGUCCUCUAAAAUCCUCCCUGAGUUCAGCUCACUAACUCAUUAGCGCAGUGCCACUUGAAAGCGGAAUUGGAAAGAAGCUAAGGUUUUUGUUUGAGUGUUGCUUGUGUUCCUUACUUUUUGUAGUUGUAUGACAACGCAGCUGUUUUUACAGAUUUUAAAGAGUACUGUUUAUGUGUGUAUAUUUACAUGGCACCUGGCUGGCUUCAGCAAGCAUCAUUUUCCUCCUAUUCCUAGAUAAACUUUUCUGAAGCAUCACUAUGUCCUAGACAGAUAGUCUUUAUCAUGCCAAUGUCCACCCUGUCACCUGUACUGGUAGACCUGAGGAAAGAAGCACUACGCCUCAUGUCCACCGGAUGCAGCUACGUCACAUUUUGGUUUUGCCUUCGUCUCGAUUGUACUUUGUGUUAAGAGCUAAGUAGCAAAUGUUAGCAUGCUAUCACGCCACAGUAAGAUAGCGAUGUUGGUGAGACUGGGAGCCGAUAAUCUCUGGCAGCCUGGAGUUAGUCAAAAUGCAUUGUUGUAGUAGCGUCCGGUGGACAUUUGGGUUAGGCUUGGGGUUGUAGGAAAUCUGACCUUGACUGAGUAGAAAUGUUACCGAGCUUCACCAAACCAAACCAAUGCCAUCCAGCUGAUCUACAUGUAUCCAAAUCAUGCAAGACUCAUGUGGGUAUUUUUGUAUUUUCAAAGCAUUUCUAGUCUUCAGAAUGACUUGGCUUUUUAUUUACCAACUUGAAAAAAAAAAAAACUACCUCAGAGCAGUGUCAGGUGCUAGCUAAUAUUAGCCCUCAUUAAUAAUAAUGGUAACAAAAUCAAAAAUUGUUGUGACCAAACCAAUACAAGCCAAUAUUGUGUGAGAGCACUGUUCUUUUCUUGAACCUUAAUAAAUGGAAAACCAAGUAAUCAUGUAUGACUGGUUGGUUGCUUUAGUUGGUUACAGUUUAGGGGACCAAAUUUUUGUAAUUGGAGUCUCAUUGUGUCAUGCGAGUCCUUCAUUUUUCAAAAGAUUGCAACAAAAAUAACCCAGCACAACCUAGGAUUCAUGCGGAGAAGUUAACUGUAAUCAUGACUGGAUCAUUUGUCGACAAAUGUGCCACCAUGAAGUAAUUGCUGUUCACUAUGACAUGUGUUGGCCAUAUUGAGGAACGUUUGUAGUGGCGGUGAAGGUUUGUUGGAAAGAUGUAUGUACAGCAAUAAUGUCUGUGGGCUGUGGAUUGUUGGUAAUUAGUUUGUCUUUACACCAGUCUGUCCUCUUUACGCAGGUCAAGGCAAUGCUCAAACAGUUUUGACUUUUAGUUAACAGGACACUUUGCAAAUGGGUAGAUUAAUUUGUCUCAAUAUUUGGAACCAGCUUUUUCUGUUUGUUUUACCAGAAUGUUGAAAUAUUAAGAUUGCAUACUAGAUAUAGCCACUCCUUGUGAUCAAAUGCCUACAUUUCUCUGCCGUGUUAACCCAGUACUGCAAUAAAAUCAGGGUGGAUAUCCCUGUCUCCUACUCAGUUCAUUUCAGCUUCUUUUACAAUUAGCCAGACUCGACGCCAUUUUUGUUAAGAUUAUAAGAUGUAGUUUUUGCAUGCAACAAUUUACAAAGGGAAUAUACACAUUUUAACAUACUUUUACAAUGUAGCAGAACAUUGUAAAACUUCAUGGAAAGGUACAAUGAGGCGGUGUGGCAAUUAACUGCAGAUUGUUUUAAUUUAGUCUAAACUGAAAACAUGUUUGUAGUCGUUUUUAUGUGUGCCUUUUGUCAGAUCUCUCUCUUCUCCAUCUGCCCCAACAUUGGGUUUGUGAGUCCUUUUUUUUAACAAAAAGGUUUGACAAAAUCUGCUGCGUCACAUAAAUAAAAAUAUUCCAUUUUUAAUUAUCAUGCAACCUUGCGUGUAGAUGCUGCAUAGAACGAUCAGUAUUUGUGUUUUGCACUUUCAAAGCAGUCUCAAAAAGAAAUGGCCCACUUGAGGUUGGGCAGAAAGUAAAAAGAAAUAACUGACGAGGUAUUUUAUGCUAUCAAUAGGAAUUAUAAGGAAUAAUAUGAUUUUGAAGAGCUUUUCUAAAAAGGUUGAUAUAUCUAUAUAUAUAUAUUCAUGAAGUACCUCAUAAGCCUGAUAUAUGCUGCAUUGACUUUUUUUUUUCUUCAUAUUGUCCAAUAAAAUUUUAAUUUUCCCCUUUUGGGAGGUUUGAAUGUCACUACAGGCUGUGCACACGCCACAACCAGUAAAUCUGAUGGCGUUCUCUUGUAACAAAAGAGUACAUUACACUUUGUGGCCAAAUGAUAAUGUGUCAUUUAUGCAAUUUCUACGCAAAUCUCAACAUAAUAUUACUCACUUGUAGCCACGUCAUAUUUCUGUGCUGUCUUUUUAUUUUUUGCAUAUUCUCUGUGUCUGUGUAGCCAAAAAAAAUAUAUUGGGUGUAGUUGACAAAGAGUUGACGAGCACCAAGCGUCCUGCGAGGCUCUGUGGUAUGACGAGACUGUUGACUCAGGUAUUGUCGUGAAAAGGGCUGUAUCUGCUUACUGUGUCCCUGUCCCAAACCUACCCCUUCUGCACCUUUGUCUUAAAAUAGCCUUAGAUCUACACAUGAGGUUCCCAUUUGGCCUUAAAAGUUGAACAAAUUAUGCACUACAAUUUCACAGACUUGACAGAGAGCUCGAUUCCCGUUCAGACACAUUUCUUGAAGAGUUUGCGUCGCGUCAUUGCCGUGUUAUCUACCUCCUAUGAAUGUAGGGGCUGUCCUGGAGCUGUAGUGGACUGCAAAAACCUUUCUUGCUCAUUUAAAGGAAAACAGACAAUCAUCUGUACUUUUCUUUAUAAAAUAUAUUCCCCUAUUCAUUCAUACAUAGAACUGAUUCCAGGACACUCCAGUUUUCAUGUUUUUCCCCCUCAUUGGCCAUUUUCAUUUUAUACAUUGUGCUUUUUUUUUUUCAUUGUAAACCAUGAUGGAGAAGCAAAGUGACCAAAGUCUCUUGGCAAAGGCAGCCCUGCACAGCCGUGUGAAUUCAAACCUCCCUUCAUUUGUGUCAUUUUAAGCUCAGUUUUGAGUUGUUUUAUUUUCUCUCUCUGUCUCUCUCUCUCUUCUCCCUUAUUUAAACCACGACAUGCCAAAACUGAAUUUGCUGUCAUUCCUGUUCUGCUGAGGGUCUUUAUGUUGCUUAUUUUUAAUUUGUUCACAUCCACUGCUAAGCUCCUUGUUUCUUGUUGUUGUAAAAGGUGUAAGCUUUGAUUUCUAUUUUACAUUUCCUUAUUUUUGUUAACAAUUAUGCUUACAGAACACAAGAUAUGCUGUAAACCCUGUUAGGACAUAAUGUGAAUACGUAUCACUUAAUAUAGUUCACUCUUUGGCUUGACUGUAAGUUGCGUUAAUUAAUAAAAAUGUUUUAAAAGGUU